AUGCCCGAGUCGUACCACCCCCAUCCUGAUUAUGGCUUCGCCCGCGACUUCAAGGGCUACGGCGAGAAAGGUCUCCAAGGCUUAAAGUGGCCGAACAAUGCAAAGAUUGCCGUGUCCUUUGUCAUCAACUACGAGGAGGGUGGCGAGCGAUCUGUACUGGAAGGUGACGGUGUCGACGAGCUUGUCCUGCGCGAGAGUCCCUCCUCACAACACCGCGUCAACGAGCGCAACUACAAUGUCGAGUCUGAAUUCGAGUACGGAUCACGCGUCGGCUUCUGGCGUCUAUUCAAGAUGUUCAACGACCACAAGAUGAAGUUCACCCUCUACGGCGUGGCCUCGGCCGUCGAGAAGCAGCCCGAGGUGGCCACCCGCUGCGUCGACGAGGGCCACGACGUCGCCUCGCACGCGUACCGCUGGCUCGACCACCACGACUGGUCCGUCGACAAGGAGAAGGAGUACAUCCGCAAGGGCAUCACCAGCCUCAAGAACCUGACCGGCUACGCGCCAAAGGGGUGGUACUACGGACGUCCCUCGCCCCACAGCCGCACGCUCAUCCCCCAGGUGUACGAGGAGAUGGGCGAGGAGCUCAUCUGGGCGAGCGACACGUAUGCCGACGAGAUCCCCUACUGGACCGACCUGCCCCUCGAGCGCGAGAAGAAGGACCCCAAGGGCUGCCUCAUGCUGCCCUACAGCUACGAUUGCAACGAUUUCAAGUUUCAUUGCCAAGGCACGGGCUUCCGCGACCCGCAAGGGUUCUUCACACACCUGAAGAACGCGUUUGAUGUCUUGUACGAGGACGGCGAGAAUGGCCAGCCCAAGACAAUGACCAUUGGUCUCCACUGCAGGAUUGUCGGCCGCCCUGGUCGGUUCAAGGCGUUGAGGGACUUUGUCGAGUACAUUGAGAAGAAGGAGGGUGUCUGGGUGGCUACCAGGACUGAGAUUGCGCUUGCGUUCCGGGAACAGUUUCCUUACAAGAAGGGCCAGCUAGCAUGA